AUGAUCGCUGCUCGUGUCAUGACCUACAAGCCGGCCGCCGUGGCCAUGGCCCAGCGUCGCCAGCGCAGGGCCGUCGCGGCCCGCGCCAACCGGCCCGAGGCCAAGGACCAGAUCGAGGCCGCUGUGGAGGAGGCUAAGGCCGCCUGCUCGACCGACAACCCGGCUGCGUGCGCCGCCGCCUGGGACGUCGUGGAGGAGCUCAGCGCCGAGGCUUCCCACAAGAAGUCCAAGGAGGCUGCCAAGGACAUCGUGGACCCCAUCGACGAGUUCUGCAAGGACGAGGCCAACGUCAGCGAGGGCGAGUGCCGCGUGUACGAGGACUGA